CGGCGGCGGCUUGGGGCGGCAGCUGAGGCGGCCGAGGCGGCGGCGGGGGUCGUGGUCGCCGGCCCCGCGGCGGCCCGCUGUCAGCCCGCUCCCGUCCCGGGCCGGCGGGCGAUGGUGCGGCGGAGCGCGCGGACGCGGGCGGCGCGGCGGCGGGCAUGAGGGAGGAUGGAAGGGCAGGACGAGGUGUCGGCGCGGGAGCAGCACUUCCACAGCCAAGUGCGGGAGUCCACGAUAUGUUUCCUUCUUUUUGCCGUCCUCUACGUUGUUUCCUACUUCAUCAUUACAAGAUACAAGAGAAAAUCAGAUGAGCAAGAAGAUGAAGACGCCGUAGUCAACAGGAUUUCGCUGUGUCUGAGCACCUUCACGCUGGCCGUGUCAGCUGGGGCCGUGCUGCUCCUGCCCUUCUCCAUAGUCAGCAACGAGAUCCUGCUCUCCUUUCCUCACAACUACUACAUCCAGUGGCUAAAUGGCUCCCUGAUCCACGGUCUGUGGAAUCUUGCUUCUCUCUUUUCGAACCUAUGUUUAUUUGUGCUGAUGCCCUUUGCCUUUUUCUUCCUGGAAUCAGAAGGAUUUGCUGGACUGAAAAAGGGAAUCCGAGCCCGAAUCUUAGAGACUCUGGUCAUGCUCAUCCUCCUGGCGUUGCUGAUUCUGGGGAUAGUGUGGGUGGCCUCUGCCCUUAUAGACAACGACGCGGCCAGCAUGGAGUCACUGUAUGAUCUCUGGGAGUUCUACCUACCCUAUUUAUAUUCCUGUAUAUCUUUGAUGGGAUGUCUGUUACUUCUCUUGUGCACCCCCGUCGGCCUCUCCCGCAUGUUCACGGUGAUGGGGCGGCUGCUGGUGAAGCCCACGAUUCUUGAAGACCUGGAUGAACAAAUUUAUAUUAUCACCCUGGAGGAGGAAGCACUCCAGAGACGACUAAAUGGACUGUCUUCCUCAGUGGAAUACAAUAUAAUGGAGUUGGAACAAGAACUUGAAAAUGUGAAGACCCUUAAGACAAAAUUAGAGAGGCGGAAGAAGGCUUCAGCGUGGGAAAGAAAUUUGGUGUACCCCGCUGUCAUGGUCCUCCUCCUCAUCGAGACAUUCAUCUCGGUCCUCCUGGUGGCUUGUAACAUCCUUUGCCUGCUGGUUGACGAGACAGCCAUGCCCAAGGGGACGAGGGGCCCAGGGAUAGGAAAUGCUUCUCUCUCUGCCUUCGGUUUUGUGGGAGCUGCACUUGAAAUCAUUUUGAUUUUCUAUCUCAUGGUGUCCUCUGUCGUCGGCUUCUAUAGCCUCCGGUUUUUUGGAAACUUUAUUCCCAAGAAGGAUGACACAACUAUGACAAAGAUCAUUGGGAAUUGUGUGUCCAUCUUGGUCUUGAGCUCCGCACUGCCUGUAAUGUCAAGAACACUGGGAAUCACUAGAUUUGAUCUACUUGGAGACUUUGGAAGGUUUAAUUGGCUGGGAAAUUUCUAUAUUGUGUUAUCCUACAAUUUGCUUUUUGCUAUUGUGACAACAUUGUGUCUGGUCAGAAAAUUCACCUCUGCCGUGCGAGAAGAACUUUUCAAGGCCCUAGGGCUGCAUAAGCUCCACUUGUCAGAAGCGCCACGGGACUCAGAGGCGUCCAAGCCGUCUGCGAACGGGCAUCACAAAGCACUGUGAGGACGCGGCGCCGCCGCCGCGUCGGUGGGACGUGACUCGCGCCGACCGUGCUGACGGUUCGGGCCUGAGGGCCCGGCCGCCUCCGCGUGACGCUGCGCACCGUCCCGGGCCGCCCGGCGCCCGGGGCGGCACGUUCUUGCGGGGGCGCUGUGCUGGCGUCGGUGCUGCCGCCCCACGGGACAGUGUGUGAAGGCGACUGCGGGGCUUUCUAAGAAUUCGGUUAAAUCCCGCUACGUAUUCUAUUCAAGAUGGAGGCGGCCACGAGAACGGCACUGUUGGCGCCUGGCGGUGGCGGGAAGGCCCUGCAGACGCCGGGCUUCCGGGCGCCCCCGCUGCGGGGGGGGGGGGGGGGGGGGCAGUGCUCGCAAAUGGUGUUUCUCGCUUCCUUAAGGAAAAGAUGGAAGCGUAGUUCCGGUCUGUUUCAGAGUGACCUCGAUUGGACUUUGAGUCAAGGGAAAAAUACGAAAUUCUUUUAAAACCUGGUCGGGGGUAGGACGCCCGGAAACACCUGCCGCGGUGCAGCGCAGUGAGCCCCGCGGGACGUCGUUCCAGCCCCUGUCCUGCGCCCUCCGUGUAUGUGGUUCAGGAUUACCUCUCAUCACAGGGUUGCCGGUGUUGAAUACACUUGUGACUUAGAUUUUGCCUUAUAGGCUAUAUGGACACUCCGUUUUUAAAGCAUUUCUUCGGAUAUCCCUGGGUCCCUUGUUCUCCCGUGUCCCUUAUGAAACUACAAACGAUCUGUGGUAGAAGCCCCUCCGUCGCUGCAUUCUUCAGGCUUUGGUUACUUUUGUAUAUGCCGAUUUCAACCUCAGAUUUCUAAAAGUUACCAGUUUACCACCCAGAUGCACUGUAUCCGCAUUCAUGAUGUAAGGGUAGCUCUACAAUGUAUGGUGAUCUGAUAAUCACUCAGUUACUGAAUUGUACAUAAUUCUUGGGCCGGCUUCUUGACUUUAAGUCCACCGAAUAAAACUAUAAAAUUGCACUCUGUGUUACGUCGCACGAGGAUAGAGCACUGAGCACUGCGCCCAGUUCACGGUUCCGCAGUCUCGGUAAGCACUCGGUCCCACGCACGGUGUGCACGGCAGUAGGCUGUCUGCGUUCAGACAAAGGUAAAAGAACAUUUUUCUCGUUGUUUGGAGGAUUUUGUGAAACUUGGGCUGUAUAUAGUUGACAUAAAAAAUUUCCAUUUAGAGCCAAAAUAAUAAGAAAAAUCAAUCUGUAUGUACCUGAGUUGCACUGAGUGUAUCUCUCCUUUAUUUAUACCUCCGCAUUUCCUUCUGAGCUUCUCUGCUUGUUAAAAUGCAGCUUAGUUUUAGAACAAAAGCCCAUUUUGCGAUUCUGCACAACACGCACUAAAUACCAGCAGGGCAGCAUUGGGGGUUUCAGCGCACGAUCUGCAGAGGGGGGAAAUGAACAGAAGUGGGCUAUUUCCGCAUUCCACUGCCAGUUACACCUAUUUAAACAUUAGUUGCAAGCUUUGAUUUUUACUGAAACUCGCUUGUGGUCCGUAUUUUGAAGAGACCCGGUCAAGGAGAGGAAAAAGAAAGUUCUUUAAAUAAAAGAACAUCAGUGGUAACUUACACCGGUGUCCGGCCACAUCCAUAGGAAGUCCUGGGUAUUUGUAAGAUGUCUGAGGGUUUCUGAGUGAAACAUUAAACUUUUCAAUGUCUGUAUCAA